ACAACUGAAGUCUUGGUAAAGGUUGAGGAGGGAAGAGGUAUAUCCUCUGCACAUCUCACUAAUUAGAAACAUCUCGUCCCCAGUUGAUUUGAGUAAGAGAAAGAAAAGGCAAGUGUUUCUUUAUGUGGAAGAUUCUUUGAAACCCUGGUGAGAAAUCAAAGGUUGACCUUCUCUGUCUGCUCAGUGCCGCUGCUGUGGAACUCCUGUGGCGAAUGGAACUCAAUGCUCCGUAGUGGGAAUCAAUAUGACGGAAAGCCGAACUGUAACAGAAGAACAGACCACUACAGUGAGGACAUCAGCAGCACGAUGGGGAUUUUUCUCGUCCCGAUCCCUCCAGUUGUCCACAAAACCACCAACUCAGCGGUGGACUGUCUGUGGAGGCUUAGGCAGGACGGUCGCCCGCUGGAGAGGUACAUGGAGGAAUUUUCUGAGCUUUCUUGCUUGGUGGGCUGGCCAGAUGCACCACUUAACGCGUGUUUUCUGAAGGGCCUGGACGAGGAUACAAUUUGUUAUAUUGAACCUGCCUGUUCUUUCUCCCUAGUUGAGUCUAUAAAUCUGAUUCUCUUUUUAAAUGGUUCUGAUUUUGAAAUUGAAGAGGUUCUAGAGAAUACGUAUCCUCCUCGUCCAGCCCCCUCAGAAACACACGCGGCCUGGUCAGUUCACCUCCCGCCAGUUUCCUCCACAUAUCCCUCCAGUGGGUCUUCCCAUCUUGUCGUGCCUAUCCCUAAGCCCACCAAGAAGACGGCUGCCGCUAAGACGAAGCCGCCAAAGAAAAUGGCCACCGCCGCAUCAGAGUCCCGCCAUGAAAUGGCCGCCGCGAAGCCUAAGCCGCCAAAGAAAAUGGUCGCCGCCGCAUCGGAGUCAUGCCAUGGAAUGGCCGCCGCUAUGCCUAAGCCGCCAAGGAAAAUGGCCGCCGCCGCAUCGGAGUCAUGCCAUGAGAUGGCCACCGCCAAACCUAAGCCCUCACCUGAGGAGGACCAGUGGCUCAUUGACUUUUGGACUGAACCAGUUACUCCAGUUCUCCGCGAGCCCGCUCCAGUUCUCCGCGAGCCCGCUCCAGUUCUCCGCGAGCCCGCUCCAGUUCUCCGCGAGCCCGCUCCAGUUCCCGCUCCAGUUCUCCGCGAGCCCGCUCCAGUUCUCCGCGAGCCCGCUCCAGUGCCCGAGUCGUCUCCAGACUCUGCUCCAGUGCCCGAGUUGUCUCCAGACUCCGCUCCAGUCACCGAGCCAGCUCCAGACUCCGCUCCAGCCCACGGCCCUUUACGGGAGUCCCAGCGUUCCAAGACACCUGGGCUCUCGCCCAAGUAUUUUUUUUUUUUUGGGGGGGGGCGGCUACCCGUCCCUUGAUGUAGUGUCCGAGCCUGGGGUUGGGGCGAAGGCCACUGGACCUGAACCACCAUGGCUGCCCGACGCUCCCGACCCGCCAUGGCAUCCCAUGGCUCCCGAACCGCCAUGGCUGUCCGAGGCUCCCGAACCGCCAUGGCGCCUAGAAUCCCUGGAUCCACCCUGGAGACCUUCUUACCUGUCUGUACCUCCACCCUCACCUGCCAGGAGGUCUCCAGGGUGCCCACCCCCCCCUCCCCAGUUGUUCCAUCUGUGGCGCGAGGAAGUCCGAUUCUGCAUCCUCUCUGCUUGCAACCGAACUGUAACAAUAAUUACGUCACCUUAAAAUAAAGUGUAACCUUAAAUUGUGCAUAAUGUGUUCAUUUUAAUAAAUGUGUAUGUUAAUACAAUAUUGUUAAUUCAUGGCAAAUGCAGUUGUGCAUAUGUAUGUGUAUACAUUUUAUUUGCAAUGAUUGUUAUUAUAUAUAAUGUCACCCUUCUGCCCAUUGGGAAAAACUCAUAUCUGUCAUCCAUUAGCCCAGUUUAUCCUGUGUGAUUUCAGUGUAUCUAUGCCCAUCUGCUUACCACAUUUCAGCUUAUCCAUAUCCUAUUUGGCCAGUGAUUUCCCUGAGAAGAGAUAUGAUUUCAUUACCCUCCAUUUACUUCUAGAAUGGCCUUCGUUUGGAGAUGUGAUGACAUCUUAUCCUUGGCGGUAAUGCCUCCUCUGGGGCUCUUAAUGUACUUUCUUUUUAAAAACUAUUUGGAGAAGUCAUUGUGACCCAAAAGAAGAGAUGUUUUCCCUUUCUCCAGUUAUCCCAAUUUAUAAAGCAAAUGUAUCCAUGUGUUUAAAAUAGCUCAUUCAAAGUUAUAGUCUAAGAAUGGAUGAAUUUUAACAACACUACUGCAAAGUAUGGAUAGAAUUAUUCUGUUUCGGUGUCCAGAACACAAGAACAGGUCCUAUGUUAAUGGCCCCUCAUAUAUAUAAUAGAUAUAUAUGGGGAGUAUUCAUAUAAAUUCCAUUCAAAGCAUGCAUUUUCUUCAGAUUUUGUUGUUUUAGGCAAAUUGAUUGAAUGUCAGUAGAGCAAACUGUAGUUCUCUCAAAGAAUUUUUAAUCAUUGUCCGCCCACCCUGACAAGCAAGGUUCCCUUUGAGUAAUUGAAAAAUGUUCUGAUGAUUAAAGUAAUAUUCUGCUAAGGACUCUUUUCAUUAUUUUCAGUGCGCUUUUGA